AUGUCUAACAAUACCAAUAUAAUAACGAAAAAGAUCCGGACGGAAUACAUGAAGAAAUUUCGGGACCCGAAAUGGGAAACGUUCUCCAAAUGUUACGAAGACUCGGUGAAAUACAGAAGGACGCGGAGAGUGAUGGAGCAAACGCACAAACCGUUAUUUUGGGACGGUUGGGACAGCGGCUCUGAUUCCAGCGGCAGGUCGAGCCCCAAGAUCAGAGACGGUGUCGAGUCUUCAGAUGUCAGGCCCCACUCAUCAACUGAAAGCAAGAACGAGAACCCGGAGCCGCCGCAGACCUGGGAACCUCAAAUAAACGGAGAACUGCACAGCGAAGCAACUGUUUUGGAGAAUUCUGUCCCCAUUGUGAAUGGUGCCACGGACCUGACGGAUAACGGACCGUGUGAACUAGUGCCGAGACGACGCCACAGGCGUCGGGCUCCUCGGUCAGAACCCUGUUAUCCUGACGCGGACAGCGACGAGUCCAAAGCGUCACUGCAGAGAAAACCGUCCAGGGCUAAAAGCCAACCGCCCGCAUCUGCUAAGGAAAGGCCUUCAACCCGGGAAAACCGUCGUUCUUUCAUGCAUUACGACUGGGCCGAGAGACAGAGUCAAGCCACCAGCAAGAGAACCCCAAAUAUGCGUGCAUCGGUAUCGGCCGGAGAGAUUCAUCGCUCCGACGUUGGCGUUCAGACGCGGAGAGAGUCAGACAAACGCGGGAAAGCUCUCGAUCGUCGACGGGCACGAUCAGCGGACCUGGAGAAAUCUCGAAAGUCCGACCUCACCGUAGUCAACGACCGUUGGAUGACCGAGUACAUGCGCUGCUUCUCGGCCAGACUGAGGUAG